UUGGUUUUGAAAGUGACACCCUUGAUAAGAAGGGAGAACGUCGGUUCUGCCUACAGUAGGGUCUGCGGUCUGACAGGGAUGAGCCAAAAGUUCUCGGGACCUAGACUGAAGAUCUUUUGAUUGAGUGUAAGAACUUCCAUUGGCCCUCUGACUCUGUUGCCAUGGAGAAGCCUCGGAGGGUGAAAUUCAGGAAUGUGAACCAGACCUACUUCCCUCAGACCAGGGUGGAAUGUCGGUACACUAUAAGUGGUCACCACAAGUGGAGCAGUCGUGACUGGAUAGGUCUCUUCAAGGUGGGAUGGGCAUCAGUGAGGGACUAUCACACGUUCGCCUGGGCUCUUGCUCCAGAAGGGUAUACAGUUGGCACAGAAGUGAACUGCAGUGUCCUCUUCCAGCCAUCCUAUCUGCCAAGCCCUGGAGGGACAGCAUUCCAGUUUGUGUACAUAGACGAGUCAGAGGAGAUCUGUGCAGUGAGCCCUCAGUUUACCUUCUGCGCACCAAGGCCUUUGGAUGAGCUGGUGACACUGGAGGAGGAGAGGAAUGGAGCAGAAGAGAACGAGGGAGAAGACUUACUGCUGGUGGUCCCCAAAGCUCAGAUACUCCAGAGUCAUCUGGACGCAUGUCAGCAAGAACUGAAGCAGUUACAGAAGAAGCUUGACGCAGCCACAGAGGAAGCAGAGAAACAGACGGAGAGAAACGAAAUAGCAAAGAAGGAUUUUGAAAAGGAGAGGGUUGAGAUGAAGAGUGAGAUUGAAGAACUGAGGGACAGCCUGAGAUGCAGCAUGGAGAAGAUUGAGAGAAUGGAAGACAAGCAAAAGGAUAUGCUGAAGUCCAGUGAAAAUAUCUCUGGAGAGGUUAGUGCUCUGUUAAUAGAACGAGCUGAAAACCAGCAGCGAAUCAAAGACCUCGAGGAGGAUUUGCUCAAUCUGACUCAGCAAAAACAAGAGACAGACGCAGAGCUGGACAGGAUGAAAGAGAGAGUCAAAAAGAUGACUACACAAAGGAGGGAUGAGGAGGAUGAGAGGAGGAACUUGCAGAUAGAGAGCGAACAGGCUCAUGAGGAGCUGCGGAUCCUGCAGGAGCGCCUGGAGGCCAGCGAGCGGAGCACGGAGGCCUUACGGAGGGACCUGAGUGAACUCGGAGCCCUGCAGAGCCACAGCCAUGCCGAGCUGCAUCAGGUCAGGCUGCAGGCAGCUCAGAUGACCCUGCAGCUUUCCCAGGCCAACCUGGCCCUCCGCGAGGGACAGGCCACCUGGUCCCAGGAAAGAGAGAGUAUGAGGCAAAGUGCAGAGCUGGAUAAGGAACGAAUCCAGAAGCUGAGUCGUGAGCUUCAAAAAAAGGAAGAGUGGCUCCAAGAAGAAAGAACAGAGAGAGAGAAACUGGAAGUGGAGCUUGGAAAUGAGAAAGACUGCAACCGGGAGCUUAGGGCGAGUCUCAGAGCCAUACAGAAGGAGAGAGAGCAGCAGCAGCUGGAGAAACAGGAGCUCUUGGAUCACAUUCGUCUGCUGCAGCUGCGGAUGGAAAGGGAGGCCGAUGCCAAGUGGACAGAAGCAGCAUCUGCAACACUCAACAUUGAGAGCGCACCAUCAGCCAUGGAGACAUUUGGCCAUAAUGAUAUAGAGGAACCUCCUGAGAUACAACCUCUGAUCCACAAAGAGAAGGACGAGGACAACCAGGAACAGACUGAACAGGACAGCUCGAUUGGGACAACAGAGCAUUGCAAGAGUGAAACAGACGGAAAAGAGAUGGUGCCAGUUAAUUUGGGGGUCCAGUAUGAUCCGAAUGCUAACGAAGACAAACCACUCAACCUGUCUGACGUCAAGGGGCACAUACCAAGUGAUCUUGCUGAUUUUCCCUUGUGGUGACACAGGAAUAGAGCGGAGGGAGGAGAACCUGAUGCUACUUGUUUACAUCCCUGCCACAUCAUGUGCUCGAGCUGAGUGUAACGUAUCAAAACAGAGCUCUGCAAGCUGCCUUGGUUCCUAGUUAAUGAGGUACCUAAUGGAUAUGCUGUGUGCGACGGAUGUGUGCUUUUUAUUGUGUGAAUGUGUGGCUGUUGCCGUGAAAAUGAGUAAAUAACCUAAAUAAAUCAGGGAACUUUAUAAAGAUAGAUGCUUAAAUACAUGUGCCAACUUGAAUUUAUUAUUUAAAUAUGCUGUUUGAUUCAACACCUUUAUAUCUGUUUUUUGUGGAAUAUUUUUAUAUGAAUCACAGUAAGAUUAUAGAUCUACAGUCUUCUGCAAAUGUUUGGGCACCCCUGGUUAAAUUCCAUGUUGUUCUUGAUUUUCUAAGUGUAAAUAAGUGAACACAUCCUCUGCAGAGAGCACACUUCUGUACAUUUUACUGCACAAUUACUGUUUAUUUACUGAAUUCAACAUAUUGGGAGGGGAAAUAAACAGAAGUUGUGCCACAUUUUAUAAUAUGUAAAACUCAGCACAUGAACAGUAAUUGUGCACUAAAAUGUGCUGAAAAUGUUUCCUGUGGUUUAUUUUCAGUCAGCAAAACAUGUAAUUUGACCAGGGGUGUUUAAACACUCAUUUCACUGCUCAGAAAGAUGCAAUAACACAAGCACAGAGUAGCCCACCCACUGGGGUCAGUUAUAUUUGUGGUGCUAGAUCAGUAAAGGUGGACAAUUAUAGCAAAAAAGUAACAUCACGAUACUUCGAUACUUUCAGUACACGAUGCAAAUCAUGAUGUUUAAGUUCUGUGAGGUUUGACAAAUAAAGUGAAACCAGUGAAAAUACUAAAAAUGCUAUCAAAAACUAUGAGCACAAUGAUUUUUCUCACACUGAAAUUCAGUAAACCCAAAUAAACAGGACUAAUUCUGCUCCCUUUGCAAUAAAACAUGCAGUUUAAGUACGAUCCACAGUAGCCUCAGAAAAGCAUGCUGUGAUUUUAUUAUCACAGGAAAUACCAUGCUUUUUUCCACCCCUACUGAUCAGUUAUAUAAUUACAGUCUAUUAGCUUUGAUUAAAUUGUGCCUGAAAAGAUUUUGAAGUGUUACAGAUUCCUUUAUUUGUGUAUGCAGUGUUUACUUUGAAUGUUUUCACACAGUGAAAGAGAAUCUCUUCAAUAAAACGCUGUCUAUUUAUUGA